UUCCCCUUCCUGCGCGUGACGCACUUCCUGUUUGCGGCCCUGCCAGAAGCUUGUGGAAGUCCUGCUGUUUCUGUUGCUGCUGCUACCACCACCACCACCACCACCACCAAAGCGGGAAGGCAGCCGAGAAAGAAGAAGAAGAGACAGGAGUGCGGCUGUCUAAGGGGGAGCGAGCGGGAUUCUUACCCAAACACAAUAAAACAUGGUGGAUUAUUAUGAAGUUCUAGGAGUGCAUAAACAUGCCUCUCAAGAAGACAUUAAAAAAGCAUACCGUAAACUUGCAUUAAAAUGGCAUCCUGACAAAAAUCCAGAUAAUAAAGAGGAAGCUGAGAGACAAUUCAAGCAAGUUGCUGAAGCUUAUGAAGUGCUUUCAGAUACUAAAAAGCGUGAUAUCUAUGACAAAUAUGGAAAAGAAGGGUUAAAUCCAGGUGGAGGUGGAAGCCAUUUUGACAAUCCAUUUGAAUAUGGUUUUACAUUCCGGAAUCCUGAGGAUGUCUUUAGGGACUUCUUUGGUGGAAGAGAUCCAUUUUCUUUUGAUUUCUUUGAAGAUCCCUUUGAGGAUUUUUUUGGUAAUAGAAGAGGGCCGCGUGGAAACAGAAACAGAGGUGGUGGUUCAUUUUUCUCUGCCUUCGGUGGAUUUCCUGCCUUUGGGGGCGGUUUUUCUUCCUUUGAUACAGCAGGUUUCACUUCAUUUGGUUCUCUUGGCCAUGGAGGCCUUACUUCAUUCUCCUCCACAUCAUUUGGUGGUAGUGGAAUGGGUAAUUUCAAAUCUGUAUCGACUUCAAGUAAAAUAGUUAACGGCAGAAAAAUCACUACAAAGAGAAUUGUUGAGAAUGGACAAGAGAGAGUAGAGGUCGAAGAAGAUGGCCUGUUAAAGUCUUUAACAAUAAAUGGUGUCCCUGAUGAAGAAGUUUUUGCAGCAGAAUGCACCCGCAGAGGACAAAAUGCCUUGCCUUUCCAGCCGGCUAAUGUCCGUUCUCCAAAAUCCCUGAAGCCCACCACCUACCCUAAGCAUGCCUUUCACUGUAAUAGCGAUGAGGACGACGAGUCGGUGAUGACCAACUGGGAGAGCCCCUUUUAUUCAUCAGGACACAAAGAAGGCAGCAAGCGGAAGAAGCAGAAGCUGAGGGAGGAACAGAAGAAGAAGAAAGCGGCCAAGGCGCCAUAUUAGAAUGGAUUCUGAUGUCCCCAGAUGCUAUUCUUUUGUUGUUCUACCAUUUGAUCCCACCCAGGUUCUUGGUGCAUAUAUUUCUUACAGCUCUUCUCACUUAGCAAAUGAGAUAACAGUUAAAGUACACUAAAGUUGCACUAUUAUGCUUGAGCACCACAUACUUGGUGAAGUUGCGAUAUAAGACACCCCAGUUAGAAACUCCUUCCCAGUUAGAAUAAACCAGUGUUAAUGGUCAGGAUGUCAGAUACCAUAAAAUAGAGUAGAUUUUGAUUAAAAUUGUUGAAGACAUAGUAACGAAAUGCGUCCUUUUCAUCUCUUCCUGUCCUGGGUUAAGCAUGUUUAUUCAAAGUUUGGUAAGGUGUAAGCAACAUUGUUAUUUUUUAAAAAUAGCCAUCAUGAAUAUUUUUUUGAUUUCAGAAGAAACCCCAAUGGAACCUUAACAUAUUUAAAUUUGCCUCUAAUGGGAAUGGGAUUAAGUUCUAUAAUGAUCUAUAAUGUCAUUUGUAUACUAGUUGUACCCAGAUAUAGUUAAUUAGCUUGCACUGAGUACAUAAUUGGAAAUUUAAGAAUAUAAAUAUAGCAAGAUUACAUGAUCCCACCUGUAUACAUGUGUAAUUUGCAUGGUCCAUGACUUCUUCUUAACCUCGUAACAAAAUACUAAGCCAGAACCUUUUUCCAAGCAUGGUUACUAUGAGCUGCCUUCCUGCUAUUUAAUCUACAAAUUAAAAUAGUUGAAUGUUUUGGUCUCUUUUUUUAAUUUCCCUUUCACCAAUACAUUGUGUUGCCUAUUCUCUCUUAUUGGAAACCCUCAUUUUUUUUGAGAAUUUUUUUAAUUACACCAAAAUAUUGUAGCUUAGGUCAGGAAGAUGGUGAUGUAAGUGGAUUUACAGUACUUAUCUGGAUUCAAUUGUAAUGUUUCUAUUAAGAAAAUGUAAUCUUGUGCAACUCAUUAAGAUAUGUUUAAAAGGAACAUGUCUGAAUCAAGUUGGAGAACCAUUUUUUGUUAUGGAAAUACCACUGAAUUGUUGUGCUGUGUGACUAAUAUUUAAAGAAAUAAAGUAAGUUCCCUUAUUAGCUCUUA